UUGCGUCCGAGGGAUGUCCCUCCCAUCAGCACUACAUGUGACAAAAACUGACCAGCCCCCUUUCGAUUCCCAUGGAUCGAAUUACAGCGAGUCUCUGGAGAGAGACAUCUGUUCCACUAUAGCCUACUACGGAGCGCGCCCCCGCGUCUUAACCCUACGACCGUUUCCAUCUUUCGUGGGGCAACCAGUUCUUCUCGCCUCGUCAUUUGCUGUAAUUAUCCGAAGAUUAUGAAGAGAUAGGUCGUUUUUGUUUGUGUUUUCGUGCCCCCCUCGCAGCGGCGCUGUAGCGCGCAGAUUUACCGCGUCCCCCUCCAUCACUUAUUUGCGUCCGAGGCAAAAAAAAAAAAAAAGCACUGAGCGACAAGCCCGGUGCCAUUGAGCAGCAGAUCUCUUUUUGUCUGUCUGGGCUACGCAAGCUUAGGGUUGUGGGUCCGCGUCUUGCAUCCCCCGUUCGUGCCUGGUGCGGUUGGAGAAGAACAAGAAGGGCGAAUGAAAGAAAUCGUGACAUCUGAUUUUAAAAUCGGUUCCCGGGUUACUUCUAAUAUUUGACAUUUGGGCAUCGUUUGCAUACGCUUUUUGUGAUAACAUGGAGUCGGUGGAGAAGGAGUGCGGAGCCCUUGGUGGAUUGUUUCAGGCCAUCGUAAACGACAUGAAGAGCUCCUAUCCUGUAUGGGAGGACUUCAGUGCCAAAGCCACAAAACUGCACUCUCAACUCAGGACAACCAUUCUGGCUGCAGUGGCUUUUCUAGAUGCCUUUCAAAAGGUGGCAGACAUGGCUACCAGCUCCAGAGGUGCCACCAGGGACAUUGGCUCAGCUCUGACUAGGAUGUGCAUGAGACAUCGCAGCAUCGAGACCAAACUACGGCACUUGACAAAUGCUCUUAUGGAAGGCAUGGUCACACCACUUCAGGACCGGAUGGAGGAAUGGAAGAAGACAGCCAACCAGCUGGACAAAGACCACGCCAAAGAAUACAAGCGUUCUCGCCAGGAGAUAAAAAGGAAAUCCUCAGACACCAUGAAACUCCAGAAAAAGGCUAGGAAAGAGCUCCUGGGAAGAGGUAACUUGCGGCCCCAGCUGGACAGCGCCAUGCAGGACGUGAGUGACCUGUACCUGCUGAUGGAGGAGACAGAGAGGCAGGCGGUGCGGCGGGCCCUGCUGGAAGAGAGGGGGCGCUAUUGCUCCUUCAUCAGCCUGCUGCAGCCAGUGGUGAAUGGAGAAAUUGCCAUGUUAGGGGAGAUUACCCACCUGCAGGCCAUUGUUGAUGACCUCACUGGGCUGACCGAAGACCCCCACAAACUGCCACCAGCGAGUGAGCAGGUGAUCAGAGACCUGAAGGGCUCGGACUUCAGCUGGUCCUACCAGACCCCGCCCUCCUCCCCCAGCAGCGCGGGCUCCAGGAAGAGCAGCAUGUGCAGCCUCCUCCAGAUGCCUUCAGCAGGCACGCAUCGCCUCAGCAGCGUGUCCUCCCAUGACUCAGGCUUCAUCUCCCAGGAUGCCAACACCCACUCCAAGCCCCCCUCGCCCAUGCCCUCUGACAUCACCAGCCAGAAAUCCACCAGCUCAGCCUCCUCCGAGGCUUCAGAGACCUGCCAGUCAGUCAGCGAGUGCAACUCCCCCACGGUGUUUGGCUCAUGCUCAUCCUUCGGCACCUUCCGCCCUGCUUUCUCUUACACUGGCCCCAUGAGGCCUCUCUCUGUCAUACUUCCUGCGUCCCCCACAUUUAACCACUCCCCUGGAUCCAACACCCCCUCACCCACAUCAAAGGUUCCUAGCUGGAAGGACUGGGCCAAGUCAAGUUCAUAUGAGCCAUCUCUGGCUGCCACUCUGCAACGCCGGAGGGAAUCUCUGGAUAGGAUGCGGGAACCUGAAUCCCCCUCCAGUCCACAGGGGUAUUCUGGCUAUUCUGGGCUGCAUCCAGAUGAGCCACAGCGCUCCAGGACUGGUGCAGGAGCCGUUGCAGUCAAGCACGGGGGGGAGCCCAUGUCCCCAGCAGCCAGCAGCCUGGCCAUGGUGCUGACCCGGGGCCUGAGCAUGGAGCAGCAGAAGUGCAGCCGGGACUCCCUGCACUACUCCAGCGGCUACAGCACCCAGACCAACACCCCGUCCUGCUCCGAGGACACCAUCCCCUCCCAAGGCUCCGACUACGAGUGCUACUCCCUGAACGGCGACGCGGACGGCGCCGGCCAGGCGGACUUCGACAAGUCCUCCACCAUCCCGCGCCACAGCAACAUCGCCCAGAACUACCGCCGCAUGAUCCAGACCAAGAGGCCCGCCAGCACCGCCGGCCUGCCCGCCGGCAAGAGCCCCCCGGGGGCCGCGGGCAGGGCGGCGGGGUCCGCGUCCGCGUGCGGGGCCACCGUCACCUCCGGCACCGCCACCAUCCGCCGCACCCCUUCCUCCAAGAGCCGGCCCUUGCCCACGUCCGGCCCCAUCCCCAUACGCCCGCCCAUCGUGCCCGUCAAGACCCCCAGGGUGCCGGACUCGCCGGGCUACGGCGCGGCUGCGGCCCACCGGCCCCUGGCGGGGGGGGACCUCCCGUAUGGUGACGACCCCCUGGCUGGGGGGUCGCCAAGGCGCACGGGCCUGCCCAACACUUGGGGCCACUCCGCAGCGGCGGGGGUCCAGGCCCCACCCCAGCGCCUGGCCCAGGGCCCAGAGGCCCCCGAGGACCCCAUGCUGGCCGCCAACCGCCACAGCCUGGUGGAGAAGAUUGGGGAGCUGGCAGCCAGCGCCCGCGCCCUGGGCGAGGGCCACUUCCCCUUCCCCAGCUCCCUCCUCCCCCCCGCGGGGGGCCUGGCGGGGCCCGCCUGGCCGCCCAGCCAACAGGACCCCACCGAGCCGCCCCAGGGGUUCUUCCCCUCGGCGGCCAUGGAGGAGGUGGACGUGCUGGUGUCCAUCCGGCGCGGAGUGAGGCUCCGCAAGGUGGCCACCGACGACCGCUCGGCCCCCCGGCUCCUGGGCUAGGCCGCCGCUGCCCUGUGUGUGUGUGUGUGUGUGUGUGUGUGUGUGUGUGUGUGUGUGUGUGUGUGUGUGUGUGUGUGUGUGUGUGUGUGUGUGUGUGUGUGUGUGUGUGUGUGUUUCCUUACAGGCGCGGAGUAGCGAAAGAUGUCGGGUGCCAUGUAACACAUGUACAUGGAUUGGAGAUUCAUUUCACUGAGAAGACUUUGUGUGGUGGAUAAAGGACAGUGAAUAGAAGGAGAGAAAGAAAGAGGAACAUUUGAAUAAGGAAGAUGACCGUGGACUAAUGCUGAGUCACGUCGGGUCAGGUUGUGUAUGUAUUGCGUACGUACGAAGUAACCCAUAUUUUUUGGUUGUAUUUUCCUUUUCAUUCUGUCAGUGGGCUUCUCUGUUCCCCGUGUUUCUUUGUUUGUUUCAGCGCUUGUUGUUGCUCGAGCCAGUGGUGACAGAUCAUUACUGUUGGGUUUGAAAGCUCUAUUGUCUUUAUUAUUCUUAUUCUUAUAAUUGUGCAUUUUUUUUCACCUGUCACUGAAGCGCAAUGGGCCAAUGUGCUCUGUGAGCCUGUAUGUUGUGUUCCAUCAUUUCCGUACUUGUACCGUAUUAAUAUUUUAUUUCAUAUGCUGAACAUCAACUAUGUAGCCGAAGUCAUGUAAAAUAGGAGCAAUUUGGCAGUGUUUUUAUUGCUGUACUGUACUGUCAAUAUAUUCUACAAUUAAACAGCAUUUUUAUUGUAAAAAUGG